AAACCUAAUUCAUUGCAAUAAUGGAUAUGUUUGCUUUGAAGGGCUCGCAGAAUUCCUAUUAAGCUUAAUCUACUUCUCCUAUUUGGUCACGAGAUAUAGAAUAAUUAGUCAUGAUAAAAGUGGAGUCCUGGUUCAAAUAGAUAGAUAUUUAUGUUUUGCAGCUUUGAUCUAAAUAUUUUUGCAGACCCUAUAUUUUUUAUACUUUGAUAAUGAUUUUGUAUUGUCAACUAUCAAAUGCAUGGGCAUUGCAAUGCAAAUUAUGAUUUGCAAUAUUUUGGGAUCUAUUGUGGCUGAUGAAGAGUAGGCACCAAAAGUAUGGCGCUUUUAUUUUGUGGUUUUGGGCAGGCAUUAUUCAUAAAAGUGCAAUAGAUUAUAAUUGUGUUUAAGUUGAUUACCUAAUAGUUUCAAGUUUUGGACUGAUUUUGGCAGGUGGUUCAUUUUACAUGGGCAAUUUGGCAUUAGAAGGUCAUGUUGAUUAUAAAAAUAAAUUGGAUAUUGCAAGAUCUGGAAACAUUUAAGUUUAAUAACAUGCCCAAAAAUAUGAAUAAGUCUUAAUUAGAAUUAAAUAAAUCACAUUAAUGCAUUAUUGUGGAUUGCUACAAUUUGGAGUGUAAUUUAUGUUCGACAUAUUUACCUAUUUCAAAUGUGAAAAUUCAAGGGAAUGCACUAGUUAUUACAAUGCUACAUCGACUCUUUCGGUGUUUUUCUUGACUCUUUUCAAAUUGAUUGAAUUCACUACUCUUCCUGCUUCCAUUUUCUGGAUAUUUUAUGAAAUGAAUAAAGCUAAAUUCCAAGAAGAAGAUAGAAAUACAUUUGAGAUGAAUAUCACUUAAUGA